CCCGGGCCGUCGCCAUUGCCGAAGGCUCCCUACCCUCCCCUCCCGGCGCCCGCGGGGCUCGGCUGCCGCUCGGCCUUGCGGUAGCAGCGGCUGCGCUCCAGCGCGGCUCGUCUUCCCGCCCCGCUUCCCCCUCCCUCCCUGCCUGCCCUGCGCCUUGCGCUUGCCCGGGGCGGUUCCAGAGCCCGCCGGGAGCUCGGACCGAGGCGCCUCGCUGGGGCGGGGACCUUCCCUCGCCUGGGGCCACAUCAUAAUUCCGAAUCAUGUCUGAUAACGGAGAACUGGAAGACAAGCCUCCAGCACCUCCUGUGCGAAUGAGCAGUACCAUUUUUAGCAGUGGAGGCAAAGACCCUUUGUCAGCCAAUCACAGUUUGAAACCUUUGCCCUCUGUUCCAGAGGAAAAAAAGCCCAGGAAUAAAAUCAUCUCUAUAUUCUCAGGCACAGAGAAAGGAAGUAAGAAGAAAGAAAAGGAACGGCCAGAAAUUUCUCCUCCAUCUGAUUUUGAGCACACCAUUCAUGUUGGCUUUGAUGCAGUUACUGGAGAAUUCACUGGCAUGCCAGAACAGUGGGCUCGAUUAUUACAGACCUCCAAUAUCACCAAACUAGAGCAAAAGAAGAAUCCUCAGGCCGUGCUGGAUGUCUUAAAGUUCUAUGACUCCAACACGGUGAAGCAGAAAUAUCUGAGCUUUACUCCUCCUGAGAAAGAUGGCUUCCCUUCUGGAACACCAGGACUGAAUACCAAGGGGUCAGAAACAUCAGCAGUAGUAACAGAGGAAGAUGAUGAUGAUGAAGAGGCUGCCCCUCCUGUUAUUGCCCCACGACCGGAUCAUACAAAAUCAAUUUAUACACGGUCUGUAAUUGACCCUAUUCCUGCACCAGUUGGUGAUUCUAAUGUUGAUAGUGGUGCCAAGUCUUCUGACAAACAGAAAAAGAAGACCAAAAUGACAGAUGAAGAGAUUAUGGAGAAAUUAAGAACUAUUGUGAGCAUAGGUGACCCUAAGAAAAAAUACACAAGAUAUGAAAAAAUUGGGCAAGGGGCUUCUGGUACAGUUUUCACUGCUACUGAUGUGGCAUUGGGACAGGAGGUUGCUAUUAAACAGAUUAAUUUACAGAAACAGCCAAAGAAGGAAUUAAUCAUUAAUGAAAUUCUAGUGAUGAAAGAAUUGAAGAAUCCCAACAUAGUUAAUUUCUUAGACAGCUACCUGAUGGGAGAUGAAUUGUUUGUGGUAAUGGAGUACCUUGCUGGGGGAUCACUUACUGAUGUUGUGACGGAAACCUGCAUGGAUGAAGCACAGAUUGCGGCUGUAUGCAGAGAGUGUUUACAGGCAUUGGAGUUUUUACAUGCUAAUCAAGUGAUCCACAGAGACAUCAAAAGUGACAAUGUGCUUUUGGGGAUGGAAGGAUCGGUUAAACUUACUGACUUCGGUUUCUGUGCCCAGAUCACCCCUGAGCAGAGCAAGCGAAGUACCAUGGUUGGAACGCCAUACUGGAUGGCACCAGAGGUGGUUACACGGAAAGCUUAUGGCCCUAAAGUGGACAUAUGGUCUCUGGGUAUCAUGGCUAUUGAGAUGGUAGAAGGAGAGCCUCCAUACCUCAAUGAAAAUCCCUUGAGGGCCUUGUACCUGAUAGCAACUAAUGGAACCCCAGAACUUCAGAAUCCAGAGAAACUUUCCCCAAUAUUUCGGGAUUUCCUAAACCGUUGUUUGGAAAUGGAUGUGGAGAAAAGGGGUUCGGCCAAAGAAUUGUUACAGCAUCCCUUCCUGAAACUGGCCAAACCAUUGUCCAGCUUGACGCCACUGAUCAUGGCAGCUAAAGAAGCAAUGAAGAGUAACCGUUAGCAUCAUUGCCAUGGCCUCGUAUUCUUUCUUCCAUUUUCUAAAAGAAAUCUUUUAAUAUAUGAAAAUUAUUACUCUUUGGGGCUUAAAGAAAUGGUCUGUAUAACAUGGAGGAAAAAGCAAACUACUGCUUCCUGAAGACAACCAAGAGAAAAUUACAAAACGGAAUGAAAACUUUCCAUUGAAUCCCUUCUUUAUAGGGUCCAAAAGGAAUUAUGGACUGAAUCACUAGCCAUCUUUCAGCAGACAGCCCAUCAGGGCCAUUUAUCAUGCUUGAGAUUUGCAUUUAAUUUUGCUGAUUUCACUGUAAUGGAUCCCAUUCAUUGUCCCUUUUGGGGGGGGGAGGGUAUUUUCAAUACUUGAAUGGCAGAUUCGAGUUUUUCAAGAGUAUUUGUUUCAUCUGCUAGUCUUUUCUCUCCAUAGCCUUUUUUCCCCCUUGACAUGCUCUUUUUGAGUUGCUUUGAGAAAUUUUUCUCAAGCCUAAAUUUGAGGCAAAUGUAAUAAAAUUAUGUAGUUCCUUAUAUUGGCAAAGGAGCUCAAAAUCGUUUAGCUUUGUAUAGAAGUUAGGGCCAGCUAUUAUUACACGUAGUAUUUCAGUUCAUAAUUUGAACUGAAGGAAGGGAAGAAAAAUAUGUGAUUUUUACCUUUUUUAAUAAUGUGAAAGUCAAUUUUAGAAAUUUCAUGGUAGUGAGUUGUUUGGCAUUUGUUACAUGUAUAAUAGAGAGACUAAUAAUCUAUAUUUAUAACUAAAUCAUUGAGACAGAAAAAGAAUCCCAUUGACUAUACAACCUUACAAUUUAAUUUCCUUUCUAAGUGUAUCCUCUUCAGAUUGGGCUUUAGGAACCAAAGUUAUUUGCUCUUUCUUGUUCCAACUUGGGCUUUGUGACUGGUUGGUAUUGCUACUUUGCCCUUCCCCCUUUUUUCCCUUCAUUUUGGAAAUAAGUUUCUGUAUAUGUUGUAAUUUUAGUUAGUUUGUUUUUUAAUUAACCCUCGCACCCUACUCCACCCCUCUCCCUUUGGUAAAUAAUAUAAUAACCAUUGAAUUUUCAGAAUUUAAAAGUUAAUUUUUUUCCCAUUUAAAGAAGAAAAAUACUCGGAGCUAGCAGAAACAAAGCGAGAGACUAGAACUCUAAAAUAAUUAGGUAAGAUUAUAUUCAUGUAAGAGAAAUGACGGUUACAUAGAGAUGCGGCUUCUGACCAGUAAACUGUGGAGAUUUGUUAUAAACAUUGUUCCCAACCCAGUACCAACAUUUUACUAGCAAUGAGAACUUAACAUGACAAAGUUCUUGAUAAAUUCAUUGAUUAUUUGAGAUGUUGAGUUACUCUAGAUUUUUUUCAAAAAAAAUAAUGUGUAAAAAAAAAAACUAGAGAAAGGAAGAAAAAUGAAAUAUCCUUGUUGAUAGCAAUACUUUUUUUAUUUUAAAAAUUUUAAGAAGGUCUGUGACCUGUAGCAUUAAUUAUGAGAGUGCUCUCUCUUCUCCCCUCCCCGUUCUCUCCUUAUUUUUUAUGUUCUUAUGGAAGCAGUGUCGUCCCUCAAGCCACAUUAAAGAAAACAAUCUGGUUUGGUUCAGGCAUUUUGUUCCCACCACCACUCUUAAUUAACUUCACACCUACUUGCCGUCAGUAGUACAAAUCAUGAAUAAAAAUAAUUUUGAGUACAUUAA